CGCCGCCCGGGCUCCCGAGCUCUCGACUCGCCGAGCGCGGGGCGGGCGGACGGACGGACGGACGGACGGACGCGCCGGCGGCAGCACGAGCGGAGCGCAGCGCGGGCCUCGCGGGAGAGGACGGUUCGUGUGGAGGCGGCGCGCGCCGGCUGAGGGGCAUGGCGCCGCUCGGGGAGCCCGCGGGGGCCUGGCUGGCCCUGGCGCUGGCGCUGGGCCUGGGGCUGAGCCCGGGUGCGGCGGCCCCGGGGCCGGACUGCACGGGCGUCGAGUGCGCGCCGCUGGAGAACUGCAUCGAGGAGGCGCUGGAGCCGGGCGCGUGCUGCGCCACGUGCGUGCAGCGGGGCUGCGCCUGCGAGGGCUACCAGUACUACGACUGCCUGCAGGGCGGCUUCGUACGCGGCCGCGUGCCCGCCGGCCAGUCCUACUUCGUGGACUUCGGCAGCACCGAGUGCUCCUGCCCGCCGGGCGGCGGCAAGAUCAGCUGCCAGUUCAUGCCGUGCCCGGAGCUGCCGCCCAACUGCAUCGAGGCCGUGCUGGCGGCCGACAGCUGCCCGCAGUGCGGCCAGGUGGGCUGCGUCCACUCCGGCCGCAAGUACGCCGCCGGCCACACCGUCCACCUGUCGCCCUGCCGGGCCUGCCACUGUCCCGACGCCGGCGGCGAGCUCAUCUGCUACCGGCUCCCCGACUGCCACGGAGACGCCGCCCCCGGAAAUGUCUCGGACACCGAGGAGGGUGACCCUGAGCGACACUACGAAGACCCCUACAGCUACGACCAGGAGGUGGCCGAGGCGGAGGCCGCGGCGGCCCAGGCAGGCGAGCUCCAGGUGGGCGCCAGGGGCCCGGCCGCUCUGGGAGGCGGAGGUCAGCCACCUGCAGCCAUCCAGGCCACCCCCCGGCCAGCCGCCCUGCCCAGGCCCACGGCGGCCGCCGCCCUGGGCCCCCCAGCCCCCGUGCAGGCCAAGACCAGGAGAGUGACGGAGCACAGACGGGAGGAGAGGGAGGAAGUGACCGUCGGGGAGCAGCCGGCAGCAGGGGGCCCCGGGGGGCUGGAUGCACAGCCCACAGCAGGCCCAGCGCCCGGUCUCCCUGUCCGAGAGGAGGGGGCCGAGGCCAGGGCACGGCCCGAGGAGAACCUCAUCCCGGACGCCCAGGCCACCCCCCGCAGCGCCGGGCAGGAGGGAGCCGGACCCGUUCCCAUGUCGAGCGCGGCCAGUGUCCUCCCGUCACAGGCCACGCCGAGCGCUCCUGAGGGCGCGACGGAGCCCGGCACCCUCGCCAUGCUGACCACACCUCGCCAGGAGGCAGCCCGCGUCCCACCCACCCAGGAAGUGCCCAAGCAGCCAGGGGUUCUGCCCCGUUCUCGGCCAGAGGAAGACACAGACCCCAACUCUGUCCAUUCUGUCCCCAGAGGUGACCCUGCAGUGUCCACGAAGGACCUGAUUGACACGUGCUGUGCGGCCGGGCAGCAGUGGGCCAUCGACAACGACGAGUGCCUGGACAUCCCCGAAAGCGGCGCCGAGGGUGACGUGUGCAGGACGGCCCAGAAGCACUGCUGCGUGUCCUACUUGAAGGAGAAGAGCUGCAUGGCCGGCGUCGUGGGGGCCAAGGAGGGCCAGACCUGCGGGGACGAGGACGACGACACCUGUGGCGUCUCCCUGUACAAGCAAUGCUGUGACUGCUGCGGCCUGGGGCUCCGCGUGCGGGCCGAGGGCCAGUCGUGUGACUCCAACCCCAAUCUCGGCUACCCCUGCAACCACGUCAUGCUCUCCUGCUGUGAGGGCGAGGACCCCCUCAUCGUGCCCGAGGUCCGCCGCCCUCCGGAGCCCGCAGCCGUGCCGCAGAGAGUUUCAGAGGCGGAGGUGGCGAGCCGGGAGGCCCUGUCGCUGGGCACAGAGACUGAGCUGCCCAACAGCCUGCCCGGCGAUGACCAGGAUGAGUGCCUGCUUCUCCCCGGGGAGCUAUGCCAGCACCUGUGCAUCAACACUGUGGGCUCCUACCACUGCGCCUGCUUCCCUGGCUUCUCGCUGCAGGACGAUGGCCGUACCUGCCGCCCAGACGGUGAGCCUCCAGAGCCGGAGGCCGCCAAGGAGCCAGCGCUGAGGCCCGAACCCUCCCAGGCGGCCUCCAACACCAUUGCUCUGCCGGUGCCGCAGCCCAACACCUGCAAAGACAACGGGCCCUGCAAGCAGGUGUGCAGCAUCGUCGGGGACACCGCCAUGUGCUCCUGCUUCCCUGGCUACGCCAUCAUGGCAGACGGCGUGUCCUGUGAGGACCAAGACGAGUGCCUUAUGGGCGCUCACGAUUGUAGCCGGCGACAGUUCUGUGUGAACACCCUGGGAUCCUUCUACUGUGUCAACCACACAGUGCUCUGUGCCGAGGGCUUUAUCCUCAACGCGCACAGGACGUGCGUGGACGUCAACGAGUGCGUGACGGACCUGCACACGUGCAGCCGGGCCGACCACUGCGUGAACACGGUGGGCUCCUUCCACUGCUACAAGGCUCUCACCUGCGAGCCGGGCUACACGCUCGAGGAUGGAGAGUGCACAGAUGUGGACGAGUGUGCGCUGGGCACACACGGCUGCCAGGCGGGCUUCACGUGCCAGAACACCAAGGGCUCCUUCUACUGCCAGGCGCGCCAGCGCUGCAUGGAGGGCUUCCUGCAGGACCCCGAGGGCAACUGCGUGGACAUCAACGAGUGCACGUCUCUCUCCGAGCCGUGUCGGCCCGGCUUCAGCUGCAUCAACACGGUGGGCUCCUACACGUGCCAGAGGAACCCGGUGAUCUGCGGGCGCGGCUACCACGCCAGCCAGGACGGGACCAAGUGUGUGGACGUGAACGAGUGUGAGGCGGGCGUGCACCGCUGUGGCGAAGGCCAGGUGUGCCACAACCUCCCCGGCUCCUACCGCUGUGACUGCAAGCCUGGCUUCCAGCGGGACGCCUUCGGCCGCACCUGCAUCGAUGUGAAUGAGUGCUGGACCUCGCCCAGCCGCCUGUGCCAGCACACGUGCGAGAACACGCUCGGCUCCUACCGCUGCUCCUGCGCCUCCGGCUUCCUGCUGGCGGCCGACGGCAAGCACUGCGAAGAUGUGAACGAGUGCGAGGCCCAGCGCUGCAGCCAGGAGUGCGCCAACAUCUAUGGUUCCUACCAGUGCUACUGCCGCCAGGGCUACCAGCUGGCCGAGGACGGGCACACCUGCACAGACAUUGACGAGUGUGCUCAAGGCGCCGGCAUCCUCUGCACCUUCCGCUGCAUCAACGUGCCAGGGAGCUACCAGUGCGCGUGCCCAGAGCGCGGCUACACCAUGACGGCCAACGGGAGGUCCUGCAAGGACCUGGAUGAGUGUGCACUGGGUACCCACAACUGCUCUGAAGCCGAGACCUGCCAUAACGUCCAGGGCGGCUUCCGCUGCCUGCGCUUCGAGUGUCCUCCAAACUACGUCCGAGUCUCCGACACGAAGUGCGAGCGCGCUCUGUGCCACGACUUCAUGGAGUGCCAGAACGCGCCGGCGCGCAUCACCUACUACCGGCUCAACUUCCAGACUGGGCUGCUGGUGCCGGCGCACAUCUUCCGCAUCAGCCCGGUGCCUGCCUUCGCCGGCGACACCAUCGCGCUGACCAUCACCAAGGGCAACGAGGAGGGCUACUUCGGCACGCGCCGCCUCAACGCCUACACGGGCGUCGUCUUCCUGCAGCGGUCUGUGCGCGAGCCUCGGGACUUCGCCCUGGACGUGGAGAUGAAGCUCUGGCGGCAGGGCUCUGUCACCACCUUCCUGGCCAAGAUGCACAUCUUCUUCACCACCUUUGCCCUGUGAGGCGCCGCUGGCCACGAACGAGCGCAUGGAGCCCGGGUCCCCCACGGGUCCCGCGCGCCGGCCGCGCGCCUCCCUCUGUGCUCCCCAUUGGCCGCGUGGGGGGUGGGCGCUGUGGCCAGCUUCCUCUGACCCUGUACAUUAACUUAAUUUUGCUGACUCAAUUCCUCGCGUUCCGGCCUCCCCUGUGUCCCGGGAGGGAGCUUUGGGGGCAGUUCCAGGCCAGUGCCAGUGCCCUGUGCACGGGGUCGGAGGACCAGAGGCUGGACGUGACCAAGACUGGAAACAGCGACCACGUUGGAGCUUUUGGACUCAACUGGGUGACCUGUGCCCAGCGAUGAUAUUCUGUUUCAUGUGCCACUGUGAUUAGCUCUUCACUUUAAAAAAAAAAAUCAUUUUUAAGUGUUUUUGUUUAAUUAUAAAAGUAGUACCUGUAUAUUGCAAAUAUAUAUAUAUUCAAAUAGUACAAGCGGGUUAUAAAGUAAAAAGUGAGAAAAGAAA